GUUUUCUCGGCUGCUAACGGUCGAUGUGUUCAAAUCUGCUGCUGCGUGAAGAAAGGACAGAGAGGAGAGGGAACUGGACGUCGACAACAGGCUCACAGACUCUCCGAGCGGAAUGACGGUGUUGCAGGAACCCGUCCAGGCUGCAGUGUGGCAGGCUCUGAAUCAUUACGCCUUCUUGGAUGCAGUUUUCCUCGCCGAGAGACUUUAUGCAGAAGUGCGGUCAGAGGAGGCUCUCUACCUGCUGGCCACCUGCUACUAUCGCUCGGGGAAACCAUACAAGGCGUAUCGUCUGCUGAAAUCUCACAGCUGCUCUGCACCUCAAGUCCGCUUUCUGCUGGCAAAAUGCUGCGUCGACCUGAGCAAGUUGGCCGAAGGGGAGCAGGUUUUGAUCGGUGGAGUGUUGAAUAAACAGAAGAGUCAAGAUGACAUCAUCACAGAGUUUGGGGACUCGGCUUCCUUCACCUUGUCUUUGCUUGGACACAUCUACUGCAAAACGGAUCGUGUUGCUAAAGGGGCUGAAUGUUUCCAGAUGAGUCUCACUCUCAACCCACUAUCAUGGUCACCUUUCCAGAACCUCUGUCUCCUAGGGGAGAAACCAGAUCCGGAGCAAGUCUUCAGGCUGACAUCUUUUCAGAAUUCUGUUGUAGCGCCGCUGUCUUCAUCCAUCAGCCCCGCCCAGAACCCCUCCCACCGCCUGGACACUGCUCUUAUGGAGACGCCACAGGACACCCUGGAAUUGAAUCGUUUGAAUCUAGAAUCGUCUAAUGGAAAACUGACGUCCGAUUUGUCAGUCUCUUAUAUCGACUCGUCACUCAUCUCCCCGGAGACGGGCUCUCUUUUGGGCAACACCGUUUCCAUUGCCACCGCUGGCUCCCUGUUGUCUAAACAAAACAAGCCCAAGAGUGGACGCAGCUUACUGGGAGGACCCACUGCACUGAGCCCACUCACCCCCAGUUUUGGCAUCCUGCCCUUGGAGCCAAGCCCCGGCGACCCCUCGUACCUGCAGAACUACACAGCUUCCAUAGAAGCACAAACUACAGCCCCUAACAAGAAGUCUGUGUCCCGGAUCAGUCAGUCAAAAUCAGUCUUCAGUCAAAGUGGGAACAGCAGAGAUCUGCUGCCCAUCCCCUUCAACCCCUCACAGAGCUCCGCCCCCCACACCAGCGGCUCCCCUCAGGUCCUUAGUCCAAGUAUGUCCGGCCCUCCGAACGUCCAGCCGCGGAGAAGCUCCAGACUCUUCACUAGUGCCAGUUCAACUGCCAAGGAGAACAGUAAGAAAUUAAAGAUGAAGUUUCCAACUAAGAUUCCAAACAGAAAAACAAAAUGUAAAUCAGCAAAAACUUCAAACACCGGCAACCUGAACGAAAGUCUGGACAUUCUGAGGCUGGAUCCGAGUCUGGGUCUGUCUGAUGCCAAGAUCCCCCAGUAUCAGAGAGCUGUGGCCGACAGUGUCAUGGUGUUGUUCCGGGAGCUGGGUCGAGGGUACCAGGCCCUCUGUUCGUACAACUGUAGAGAAGCGAUCAACAUCCUGACCUCCCUGCCGCCGCAGCACUACAACACCGGCUGGGUCCUCACACACAUCGGGAGGGCGUACUUCGAGCUGGCCGAGUACACACAGGCCGAGCGCAUGUUCAGCGAGGUCCGCAGGAUCGAGUCCUACCGGGUGGAAGGAAUGGAGAUCUACUCCACGACCCUGUGGCACCUGCAGAAAGAUGUCGCCUUGUCUGCUCUUUCCAAGGACCUGACGGACAUGGACAAGAACUGCCCCGAGACCUGGUGUGUUGCAGGGAACUGUUUCAGUCUGCAGAGGGAGCACGACAUCGCAAUCAAGUUCUUUCAAAGAGCCAUCCAGGUGGACCCAGGAUUCGCGUACGCCUACACUCUGCUGGGGCACGAGUUUGUUCUGACGGAGGAGCUGGACAGAGCGCUGGCCUGCUUUCGCAACGCCAUCAGAGUGAAUAACCGGCAUUACAAUGCUUGGUACGGCCUGGGGAUGAUCUACUACAAGCAGGAGAAGUUCAACCUGGCGGAGAUCCACUUCAAGAAGGCCCUGAGCAUUAACCCGCAGAGCUCCGUGCUCCUGUGUCACAUCGGAGUGGUUCAACACGCGCUGAAGAAGUCUGACGCAGCCUUAGAAACUCUCAACAAAGCCAUCGGCAUCGAUCCCAAGAACCCCCUGUGCAAGUUCCAUCGGGCCUCGAUUCUGUUCGCCAACGACAAGUACAAGGCGGCUCUGCAGGAGCUGGAGGAGCUGAAGCAGAUCGUCCCCAAAGAGUCUCUGGUCUACUUCCUGAUCGGAAAGGUCUACAAGAAACUGGGUCAGACCCACUUGGCUCUGAUGAACUUCAGCUGGGCCAUGGACCUGGACCCCAAAGGAGCCAACAACCAGAUCAAAGAAGCCAUCGACAAGCGAUACCUGCCUGAAGAUGAAGCUGUGGAGUUAGACGACAGUCAGGACAGCAUGACCGACGCCGACGACACGCAGCUCCACACAGCCGAGAGUGACGACAUCCUUUGACCCUUCGCCCUUCAGAGACGAGCUCUGUUUUGAUUGGCUGGAAGAGUACUGUUGCUAGGCAACAUGAGGUUAAAAGACUAUCUGAAGCCUCGCCCCUCUUCUUGUCCCAGCUGUUUUUUUUUUUUUGUUUUUUUUUUUAUCUUUUUAUCAUUGAUUAUGGAGUCAGUCAAUAAAACCAUGUUACCGUG